UUACAGACGCGGGACGCUGCGGCGGGCGCCGAAACCACCUCUGCUUUGCACGGGGGCGCCCCCGGAACUCUGGGGACUGAGCAGGGGGGCCCUGGCUUCCCGGCUGGGCGGUGGGCGGCCUAGCCCGCGUGGUGCGGCCCGGCCGGGGGCUGCGGCGUGCUGAGCGCGCCCGCCAGAGACCCUCGGGCGCAGCUGUUCCCCGGCAUCUCGUCAUAAUUUUCCUUCCCGGUUUGUUGUGGGUGCGGGAGGACCGAGAAAUCCAGCGGCGAUAGAGUCGCCUCAGGUGUCGUGGCUAAAUUGCCAUCUCCUUCCAGAGAAGUUUUCUAGCUUGGAGAAAUUAGUCUCCGGAAUCUCCACACCCUGCUAGCCGUAAGGGAACGGCGGGAGUUAAAUGAGUUCAGAUUUUGAAAACUAAACCUCUGACGUAAAAAAUAGGCAAAAGAACCUGAAGCCUUUUGUUCGGAGGCAAUUCAGUGGCAAUGGCUAAAGAUAAGAAGAAAGAUGGCAAAAAAACAGAAAGGUUGGCACCUGCCCCUCCUCCUGCACCUGAGACUUCAUUUGAAGGUAUUUCUUCAGUUCAGCCGUCGUAUGUCCAGGCAUCAUUGAAUCAAGUGGAGGAAGCACAAGCAAGCCCUUUCGAAUCCCAAGAAGAAUCAAAAGAGGUGGAAGAACCUCUGAUCCAAGAAGCAGCUCAGUAUUAUGAGGAGCCUAUUCUCACUCAACUUAUUGUAGAAAACUAUGAAGGAGAAAAAGUCCAUGGAUUAUAUGAUGGAGAAGGUGUAGCAUAUUUUCAGGGAGGAAAUACAUACAGUGGCAUGUUUUCCGAGGGACUCAUGCAUGGACACGGGACUUAUGCAUGGGCUGAUGGAGUGAAGUAUGAGGGGAACUUUGUUAAGAAUGUUCAGAUGUAUAAUGGCAGUUACACAUGGCCUGAUGGCAGCAUGUAUGAAGGAGAGGUGAAGAAUGGAGUCAGGCAUGGCUUUGGCAUGUACAAGUGUGGCACCCAUCCAGUUUCAUACAUUGGCCAAUGGUAUGAAGGCAAAAGACAUGGAAAGGGUACUAUUUAUUAUAAUCAGGAAGGUACUUCCUGGUAUGAAGGUGACUGGGUAAACAACAUCAAAGAUGGCUGGGGGAUAAGAUGUUAUAAAUCUGGAAAUAUCUAUGAAGGUCAAUGGGAAGAAAAUGUGCGCCAGGGGGAAGGCAGGAUGCGAUGGCUGACGACGAAUCAGGAGUAUACUGGGCAGUGGGUAAAUGGCAUACAGCAUGGCUAUGGUACUCACACCUGGUUUCUGAAGAGAAUGAUUGGGUCUCAGUAUCCUUUGAGGAAUGAAUAUGUAGGAGAUUUUGUAAAUGGGGAUCGUCAUGGACUUGGAAGGUUCUUCUAUGCCAGUGGAGCACUGUAUGAUGGAGAAUGGGUUUCCAAUAAAAAACAUGGCCUUGGGAGAUUUGUCUUCAAGAAUGGGCGUAUUUAUGAAGGAGAGUUUAUAAAUGAUCAAAUAGCAGAGUACCCAGCUUUUCAAGUGGAUGGAAUGAAUACGCAGGAUCUGAGUGGCAUUUGUACACAAAGUCCCUUUGGCACUGAAACCAUCAGAAUAGUUGAUGGCCCAGGUAAUACCUCUGUGUUGGGAUCAAACAUUGAACUAGACAUAUCUUCAUUGCUGAACUGGUUUCCAGAGAAAGACAGACAGGAAGAAAUGAAACAGGUAGAAUAUGCGGUAUUGAGACAUAUUACAGAACUGAGAAGAAUCUACAGUUUUUACAGCAGUUUAGGCUGUGAUCAAUCUCUUGACAACACCUUCCUGAUGACUAAACUCCAGUUCUGGAGAUUUCUAAAGGAUUGCAGGUUUCAUCAUUACAAUGUAACCCUUGCUGAUAUGGACAGGAUACUGAAUGAAGAUAAAACAACACCUGAGGAGGUGCAUUCUCCAUAUGAGACUUUGCUGCUAAGAACAUUUUUGACUUACCUUAUUCAUCUAGCAGUCCAUAUCUAUGACAAAGACCACAAAGAUAAAGGUCCAUAUCUCUUUAAGUGUUUCUCAAAAAUGAUGAUGAAGAACAUUAUUCCCAAUGCCUGUCAUAUACAAGGGAUUUUAUUCUGUGAACAACAACAAACUAUCUGUGCAAUUAAUUACAUAGAUAAAUGCUGGGAGAUAUACAGGACUUAUUGUAGACCAAGCACCAUACCUCCUUAUGAACCCACAAUGAAAAUGAGACACUUCCUCUGGAUGUUGAAAGAUUUAAAUAUGCUAAGCAAACAAUUAACUGCUACAAAAAUUGUGGAAAUACUGGUAAAGGACAAUCCUUUUGUACGCGAUGGAGAUGACUGCAACUUACAGCAUGAGUUGGUUUUUCUUGAAUUCUUUGAAGCUCUUCUUGACUGCGCCCUGUUAUAUGUUACCAAUGAUAUGAUUAAGCAGCAAGUAGAUCUUGUAAAUCAAGAAGGAAAUGGUUAUAGAACUGAAGAUUACACAGAAGGGGCACGGCAUAUUCUGCAGCUCCCAGAAUACUCCUCAUUUCAGUCCAUUCAUAGCAGAAGUAUGACCAGUGCUGAGGUAAGCCAUGAACCCUCUGAGACAAAUCACUACUACAUUUCUACAAGGUCUUCAAGCAAGCUAGCACAAUCACCUGAUAAUAGAAUAAAGAAAUCUGAGGUUAAAUCCAAGGACUCUGCAGUAGAAUACAGAACUUCCAGACAGACUUUUAAAUCCACUGAAAAAGAGAGAGAAGCCAUUGUAGAACAUGCUUCCGCCAUAGCCUUCCGGGCACCAAAGGAAGGAGCUGGAACAGUUCCAAAUGUCACAUUCUCCUCAAACAGAAUGUACCAGCUGUCUGCUGAUGAGAAAGAUGAAAUGUUAGUUCAGUCUUUGCCAGAUUUGGAUGCAGAACAAGGCAAAGUGCUCAGCAACCACAUGAAAGAAUUUGCAGAUAAAUUAGAAAAAGCAAAAAACGAACAGAAGGAAAAACUCAACCUGUGGCUGAAUCAGAUGUACAUCUUUUUUGUGAACAAGUUCUUUGCUGCCUACAAGCAUGCUCAAGUGGUGAAGGAAAAUGUAGAAGAAAAUAGGAAACGGAAUGCUGAAUUAGCCAUACAGUUGAAAAUCAAAGAGGAAGCAAAGCUUAUCGCCAUAAGGGAAGCAGAAGAGGCCAAAAAACAAGAAGCCACUGCUGCAGAAAAAGCAGAGACAGAUAAUGAAAUGGUUAAAGAGUCAGGGGAUUCAGCUCUACAGAUGCCACUUCCUGCAAAGGAAGAAGUACUGAUUCUGCCCCAGCCAGUCAUUAGCAAGGUUUCUGCAGGUGUGAAGAAAAAGAAAAAGUAACUUAGGCUGACUGUUGUAAGAGUAAAGUCUGUGCUUGUUAACAUUUUUAAGUAUUAGAUUUCCUUUCUAGGUCUGUAUAAUCUAAACAUUAAAAUAUAGGUUCCAGGAAAUGAAUGCCAAUACAAUUAUUUGUAUUUGUUUAUAUUGGAGGGAAAUUUAACUCUCCAUAGUCUUCCCUCACAUCCAAACCUCCCCCACACCUCCAUUUACUGAUAUCGUGAGCCCCCUAGAAAUUGUGGAGUGUGAUUAUAUAAUUGAUUGUUACACAAGACUUGUGUAAACCUUUUGAACAUACAAAGCCAUUCUGUAAAUGUACUGUAUGCCAUAUUAGGAGACAUUUUUCCAUUAAAAGUUAAAAGAUCAUUAGCGUUUCAGGUUUGUUUGUUUGUUGGCUAACUCUUGUAACCAUGUGACUGCAUAGUCUGAAUGGAAUUUAAAACUAUACAACCUG